AUGGACGAAGCAUGGGCCGACGCGGCAUGGAAGGGCCUGGAGCUCCAAGGAUGGGAAGAGAUGGAGCUCAGUGCGACCAAGUACUGCUACAUCAGCCCUGACAUCGACUCUGUCGAUGCGUUCCAGAAGAACGCGACGGCGUUUGGCACGAAAGGUGAAGCCGUGACCUUCGCGCUGCAUAACACGACAGCAUUUGAACACAUCCAGCCCUUCCUGUGGGACCACAUGCGAAUGACCUUGGGAUGGAAACUUCUUCAUCGUCAAGGAAAGUCCCCAUGGUAUGUCAUGCCCAACCUCGACCUGGACGAACUGCUACCAAGCGUCAACCUGUUCGAGUCCACCAUCGACGCCGUCGAAGCGUACCUUGCACCUAUUGUCACCAAUGUCAAACGAAAGCAAGUUGUGUCGCCGCGAAAAGAUUCCCCAGUCAAGCGACACAAGACCAGUCCCGCAACAGGUUCGGUUGAUGGAUCACCUUCAGUCGAAGAAAUCUCCGACGAGCACAUGCCUACCAAGUCCGAGCUGGUCGUCCAUGCAGUGGGUACUGUCACGUCACAAGAGGCACUCGUUGUUGAAUCCGUCAAGGCGCAUACUGCAUCAACAGCACCAGUCAAAGUCGAUUCCGUCGCAGGUGAGGUAAUCCCGUCAAGUACUGAAGUGGUCGACACGACAGAAGCUGCUGCUCCAUCCAGCCCUUCCCUUCGCAUCACGCGAUCGAUUUCUGUGCGGUUGUCGUUAGACGAAGUCCACAUGAAGUCCCCGGCGACCCCUCGAUCCAAAUCAAGUCCGUCGAAAGCGAAGUCCCCAAAACGGCCAUCCACGCCGCGCAAACUUCCGUCCGACGCCGCUGCGAGCACCCCCACACGUACAUCGCCGCGGAAUGUAAAAGCAUCCACGCCAACCACGACCCCUUCAAAACGAAAGUCCCCCCAAACCAAGUUGAAGAUGGAACAAGCAUCGCCUUCAAAGUCACCCAGAGCUGCCAGCGUUCACGCGAAAGCCUCGCCGCGAACAUCCAAAGCAAGCUCUCGUGCUGCGGCGUCUCCCUGUGUCGACCACGUAUUGGCCAAGGCACCUAGAAAGACUUCGACCCCCCCUUCCAAAAUCCCGGCGACCAAGUCGUCGAAACCCAAGACGCCGACUAAAGCCAAGUCGCCGUCCAAGUUCAAGCAGGAUUCCUGCGACACGGUCAUCACGUCCACGAGCGCGCUGUACUUGAAGAACUUGUCCACCAAACUGUCGUCUGCAGUGGUGAAAAAGCACCAUCCCGACCCUGCGACACGUAACCAAUCCCCCAAGAAGGAAGCCCUCGCAUCGCCCGCGAAGCGGUCGCCCCCUUCCACGCCCCACGUAAAACCAACCCCAGAAGAAGCCUCUACUACGCCAACGAAACAAAACAGCUCUAAAGUAGCCGCGGACAACGACAGAAAGCAGACAUGCGUUGCAGAGGGGGUGCCGACGUCCAAGCCAUCGCGUCCAGCUGCCGCCCCCACCCCCACACAGAUCAAACCCAUCCACAAGUCGGCGUCCCCCGUCGUCCCGGGCUCUGCCCUACAAACAGGUUUGCCUGCUAUGAUCAAGUAUGAACAAAGCCAGUCGCCCCCACUCGGCAUUUCUCCCCCCAAGACCAAGAACCAGCUUCAAUUGGAUUCCAUCAACGACAAGCUCAACGGAUCGCCCAUGACGUCGUCAUCCCUCAUGGAUAUCCUCAACCUCGUGGGCACACCACCACCACCCACUGCCGCCACCACCACCACCACCCAACUAAGUACUUCGCACGGGUGCAACUGGUCGCUCGAGUCGCCUGGUAAGCGACCGUGGCAUGCCAUCACAGGCGGUUCCAGCUCGACGUCUCCAAAGAAGCGACGAACAAACGCGGCGCUCAUUUCAACCAUCAUGAACGCCAACUCGCCCGUCGAGGCCAAAUCCGACGAGUCCAUGGCGUCGUUCAUCCAAGACACCGUGUGCGACGACGUACCGUCGCCCGAGCAGACCCAGUACACGCCGUCGCGUCCUGGUGUUGCGUGCCGCGACGUGGGCAUGGACGACAUCUUGAACACGGCGAUGGGCCAUCUCACCAGCAACGCUUCGUCCCCAUCAUCGUCCUAUGUGACGCCCCAAGUCGUCGAGAAAACCCAAUCGCGGCUGCUCUCGCCUGCAAAGGACGUGAGUUUCCGCACCAAAGUCCUGCAGCAGUUCAACCACGGCGGAUGGCGGUCUGUGGCCCCCAAGCUGUCAGAGAAGGGGGGGUCGUACACGUACUCGCACGACAAGCUGGACGCGCGGUUCACACGCGACGACCUGCUCAAGUACGCCAACACCCACGACAUAUUUGGCAACCCCGCGUUGAUGGACCCGCGCAUGGUUUAUCGAGCUGUCCGAGGUUCCCCGCAGCGAACAAGCCCGCCCGAGGCGGUCACGCCUCGACCGGCAUCCGAUUGGAGCGCCAUUAUCGUCUGAGAUACAGGACGCGACUCGCCAUGACCGACGACCACGUACGUACGUAGUUUGUACCAGUGUAAAUUAUCAAAAGCAAAACCACA